AUGACAUUCCUCAAGACCCUUCUUCUGGCGGCGACCCUGUCAGUCGCUUCGACCGCCGCUUCAACCGCGGAAACCACCUGCCCAGCAGGCUGGCUCUCAAACACCUGGACCGUCACAAGAUGCUGCUCCGGCACCAUGGUCGUCGACGAGCAAGGCGCAUACUGCUGCGUCAUCGACAUGAGAGCCUACAAAGAAGCACUCACCAACACAGCCUUGCUCUACGAGACGGCCACCACGACCAGCGACACCAACUGGUCUACGGUAGAAAAUUCUUGCGUGGCGGAGGUCCGCUUCACGGCUACCGAUUACUCGGCCCAGGUCUCGUCGGCGGCGAGCAAGGCUGAGGCUACUCCUACCAAUGAUUCAACGAGCGAGGUAGCCUCUACAAGCACUAUGGCUUCUGGUGCCAGCUCUGGUGAAGGGGUUGUGCUCGGUGGUGCGGCAUUCGCUGCUGCCCUUUUCAUGCUGUGA